AUGGAUCCAGUCAACAGUGGGAAUGACAGGAGGUACUUAUACUACCCAGGGAGGGUUUGGCUUGACACUGAUGGAAAGCCGAUCCAAGCUCAUGGUGGUGGUGUGAUGUAUGAUGAGGAAACCAAGACCUACUUUUGGUAUGGAGAGAAUAAGGAUGGCAAGACCUACAAAGCUCAUGACAAGGGACCUGAUCGGGUUGACAUUGUUGGAGUAAGUUGCUAUUCUUCAACGGACCUCUGGUCUUGGACAAAUGAAGGAGUUGUGCUCCACGGAGAGGAAGAGAAUUUAUCGCAUGACCUCCACAAAUCCAAUGUCCUGGAGAGGCCGAAGGUGAUUUAUAACAACCGGACCGGCAAAUACGUGAUGUGGAUGCACAUAGACGAUGCCAACUACACGAAAUCCUCAAUCGGCGUGGCGACGAGUGCUUCUCCCACAGGACCAUUCACUUACCUCUACAGCAAGCGCCCACACAACUGUGAAAGCAGAGACAUGACCAUUUUCAAGGAUGACGACGGGAAGGCCUACCUGAUAUAUUCAUCCAAGGGCAACAGCGAGCUCCACAUUGCGCGGUUAACCGACGACUACCUCAACGUGCCCAAGGACGUGCCAAGAAUUCUCGUCGCACGAUAUCGAGAAGCCCCCGCACUCUUCAAGUUCGGCGGCACCUACUACAUGAUAACCUCGGGUUGCACGGGCUGGGCACCGAACACUGCAAACGCUCAUGCGGCGGCAUCGAUUAUGGGACCUUGGGAGACCCUGGGAAACCCUUUCCUCGGAGGGAAUGAGAUAUACAGAUCGACAACGUUCUUCUCCCAGGGUACAUUUGUGUUGCCAGUUGCAGGAUUGCCGGGUCUGUUCAUCUUCAUGGCCGACCGGUGGAAACCGUCAGAUCUGAGAGAUUCGAGGUACGUGUGGCUGCCUUUGAGGGUAGGUGGACUUCCCGAUGAGGCGGCAGAUUACAGCUUCAUGUUCCCGCUCUGGUCCAGGGUGUCGAUUUACUGGCACAAAGUGUGGCGCCUUCCUAAGCAAAGUUACCGAGCGACUUAG